AUGGCGUCAUCCGCUGCGAGAAAACCGGGACAACUUGAAGUGCCCAACGCAGCGCCCGGUGUUGAACGACCCAAGCUCAGCACCACCACUACUCGAACGACCGCGCACCGUCUCCCUCCUCCAGCGCUAUUCCAGGGUCCUCCCUCCAAAAAUGCAUCGCACAUUUCCCUUGUCAUCCCUAAUGACCGUCCUGCCGCCGAAGCUGAAGGAGGGUCCCAACAUGGAGGCGGACAGCGCAAGAUCAUCCGCCCUUCUCGCGUCCCUCCCGCCUCAUCCUUUUCCGGCACGUCUCCAGCUCAGCUACGUCACCCUUCCGCGGGAGCAGACGGGGAUGAUCAGCGCGCCGAGCAGCUCUGGGCCGAAAUGCAGAAGACGCUUGCGGACGUAGAGAUCUCGGCCAUGAACACCUCCCACGUGUUUGGAUCGUCUCAUUUGCGAGCAUUGGAAGAGUUACGGACCGCACAACUGUCCUUGGCCAAGACAUGGGCCAAGAUUGAGGCGGAUGAAUCGUUGGACCACGACUUCGACAUCGUCUCGCAGAACGAGACGGACCUGGGCGCCACAUUGGAGAGCAAGACCUCCGCAACGCCAUCAUCCGCUCAACAACGACCAGCAAAGGGCACAGCAGGGGCCCCGGGGACCGGCACGACGGCCUCGCCGGCGACAGCCAAGGAUGCUGGUUCUCCUUCAGAUGGCAAGCCCAGCGCAUUCACGAAUGACAAGAACCUCGAAGAAGAAACAGAGCGGGACAUUCAGCUCGCCAGGCAACGACGCGAGGCCAAUGAUCGGUACUUUUCGCAGGUCAACAAGGGGGUGUUGGACGUGGUGAGCAAACUGGACGAGGUCGCGGGCGCCAUGAGACGGGUGGAAAGGGAGAGCAGAGAGAUUUGGGACGAGUCGAGCGAGGAUUCGGACGACGCCGACGAGACCGGUGGUAGUGACACCGAGGGCGAAGCCACGGACCGGACUGGCAUGACGGAUAGUCCUGUGCCUGUGAGAAAGGACGGCACCCAGGAUGGCUCCUGA